CGGAUAUCCACCUCGAGAAAGCGAUCGGAGCCAUGACAUCCCUCAAGGGCCAGAUCAAGCAGAGCCUCGAGUCUCUCAACAGCAUGACCAACGCCGCUGAGUUCGACAAGGGCAUCCCCGUCGAGCUGAUCCAACGCUGCUCGGGCAUCGUCUUCAUGACGGAAGUCAAGGCGGGCUUCGUGUGGUCCGGGUCCGUCUCGGGUGGUAUCCUCAUCGCGAAGCUCCCAAACGGUGGCGGCUGGAGUGCGCCGUCGUCGCUCGGCAGCGGCGGGAUGGGGUUCGGCUUCCAGGUCGGAGCGCAGAAGACGGACACCAUCAUUCUUCUGUUCGGCACCCUUGCCGUGAGCACCUUUGCCAGCGCGGGCCAGGUCAAGUUUGGCGGCGACCUCUCCGUCUCGGCCGGACCGGUCGGUCGGUCGCUCGCAGCAGACGCGAGGCUCGGCACGGGAGGCUUCACGGGCUGCCUGAGCUACUCGCAGUCGCAGGGGCUGUUUGGCGGCGUCUCACUGACGGGCGCGGUGCUCAUCACGCGCUCAAAAGACAACGAGGAAUUUUAUAAGAGGCCGGUCACGUCCAAGCAGCUCAUCUCGGGCGAGGUGCCGCCACCAGCCGAGGCGGCCUCCCUCUACGCCGCGCUCGACGACCUGAUCAAGCAAGCGCCGCCGCCGCCGCCGCCACCACCACCCGCGGGCCACGAGGGCGUGUUUCGCCCAACGCAGGCCAGCCCCGCGCCGGCUCAGCAGGAGGACGCGGCCGCGAAGAUCCUGAAGCUCAAGGGCUUGCUCGACGCGGGCGCCAUCUCGCAGGCCGAGUUUGACCAGAAGAAGCAGGAGUGGCUCGACAAGAUGUAGAUGCUGCGAGGAUCAAGGCUGUAGUGCGAUUGGGGUUCGUUCAGGGGAGAGGCGCGCGGGAUCCAAGGGCACGCAGGGCGUUCCGAAAAAUCACACGAAAGGGGAAGCGUAUCCUCCCCUCUUUCC